AUGCCUUCCAACUUCACAAUCCCUCCACCCCUCUACGACCCAUAUGGGAAUGCCAUUAAUCCUGACUUUUACUCGUUGGCGUCAAUUUCAUUCACGGCAGUGGUCGGAGCUAUUGGUUUGUAUCAGUUGCUUGAAAUAACCUUAGCCAAGGAGUAUGGUCCCAAUAAAAUUAAGUACAACUUCGGAUCAUCGUGGAAACCAGCCAGCUCUGGCAUCUUGCAACAAUUUAGGCUCGGUGUCGUCGCUAUCCAAACCUUAACCAUUGGAGCAUUGGCCUUUUUGAAUUUUGAUGGAGAUUUCUUCAAUUUCGAAUUCUUUUCCUUGUUGGUGUCAACGUUGGUUACCGGAUUGGUCUUUUUACCCUUGCAAGUAUUGGAGCCAACCAAGUCUAUUGCUCAGCUUUCAUCGGUAUUGAUAUAUUGGUUCGGUAAGUUGUUUUUUAAUGCCUUUUCGUUGGCACAAGAUGUUUUCUCUGAACACAGUAUCUAUUCUAAGGCUAGCCCAGUAAGCUUGACCUUGGAAAUUGUCAUAUUUUUGUCGACUGCCUAUGUGUUGGUAUCCGAAGUUCUGUUCUGGAAGCCAACUGAAGAGCUUUUAGAGUACUACAACUUAAAUGAGUGGAAGCUGGACACCAGAAACUUGUUUUCCUUCUUGACUUACAGUUGGGCACAGCCAAUGAUUGCUAGCGUCUACAAGACAGACACCGUGGUCUUUGAAGAGUUACCUGACAUGCCUAGCUACAUCUCAGCCGAGAAUACUCUGGCGAAAUUACAAAACAUUUGGGAUCUGGCUCUCUUCAAGGCAAAGCAAAAGCAAGCGAAGGAAAUCUUGAAAGCAAAGAAAAAGAACCCUGAAAUAGAAGAGAAGGAUUUACCAAAGGUGAAAGUUUCACUUUUCAUCCCGUUGGUGAAGGCAUUUUCCUGGUUAAUUUUAACAGUCAUCAUUGGAGAUUUGUUUGAAAUCUGUUUUACUUAUCUGCAACCAUUCCUCUUGCAGUGGUUCAUCAGAUUCUUUACAGAUGUUACAACUCAUACCAGAUCAGACUCUGCACCUCCUCCACCUCCCAAGAUUAUUGGAUACUUUAUAGGUACAUUGAUCUACUUGACAUCCGUGGUCCGUUACUUUUUGGUAAAUCAACUAUACAUGUUUAUGUUUUGCCUUGCCUACUGCUAUCAAACAUCUCUUACAAGUAUGAUUUAUAAUAAGGCAUUAAAACUUACUCCUGAAGCUCGUAAAGAAAAAACGGCAGGUGACGUUGUGAAUAAUGUCACAAUGGACACAUUUACUAUCCAAUGGUUUUGUUGUAGCUUGCAGGAUUUUGUGUCUACUCCAAUCAAGAUUGUCUUGUGUAUUGUCCUGUUGCAUAAGAUUAUCGGUAACGCUACAUAUGGAGGAUUGAUAACAACUGCCAUUUUAAUUCCAUUAUCUGCAGUGGUCAGUGCUUCCUUUAUGAGCUUAUACCCACUUUUAAUGAAGCAUAAGGAUGAGAGAACUUCAUUGAUUACUGAGAUCUUAAAUUCGGUGAAGUCCAUUAAAUUAUAUUCGUGGGAGAAGCCUAUGUUAGAGAGAUUGAGUAAAAUUAGAAACGAAAAGGAAUUGAAGACUUUAAAAAAGAUUGGUAUUUAUUCUGCGUUGUCAACAUUCCUUUGGCAAUGUAUUCCAUUCUUCGUUUCAUGCUCGAGUUUUGCUACCUUCGUGUGGUUAUAUGACAUUCCAUUAACUCCAGAUAUCGUUUUCCCUGCUUUAUCCUUAUUCGAUAUGUUGACAGAACCUAUUUUCAUGUUACCAAAUAUUGUAACAAACAUGAUAGAAGCUAGAACAUCCAUUGGUAGAUUACAUGAAUUAUUUUUAUUAGAUGAGUUGGACGACCAAUUUAUCAAGAGAUCUGAUGCUCCAGUUAAACUUGGAGAAGUAUCUGUAUCCGUCAGUGAUGCUACUUUUGUUUGGACUAAGAAAAAGAAGGUAGAAGAAGUCAAGCCAAUUGAAGAAGUUGAAGGCGACGUAGCAAAAUCACCAGAAGAGCAAGAAGAAACCAUUGAAAACACUCCUGAGGCCCAACCUAAGAGUGAAUAUGCAUUGACUAAUAUCAAUUUCACUGCCAAGAAGGGACAAUUGACGUGCGUUGUUGGGAAGGUUGGCUCGGGUAAGUCUACCUUAUUUAAAGCUUUACUUGGAGAAGUCCCACUUUCUGAAGGAAGCGCCGACAAAGCAGAAAUCAAACUUAAUGGUUCAAUUGCAUACUGCUCUCAAUCACCAUGGAUUUUAAAUGGUACUGUUAAAGAAAACAUUUUAUUUGGCUGUAAAUACGAGAAGGAAUUUUACUUGAAAACCAUUGAUGCAUGCGAAUUGACAACAGAUUUCAAAGUCUUACCUGACGGUGAUCAAACAGUUGUGGGUGAAAAGGGUAUUUCCUUGAGUGGUGGACAAAAAGCAAGAAUCGCAUUAGCAAGAGCUGUCUAUUCUAAAUCUGACAUAUACUUCUUCGAUGAUGUGUUGUCUGCAGUUGAUGCCCAUGUAGGUAAAAAUAUUAUUUCUAAAGUUCUUGGACCAAAUGGUAUCAUUAAAUCGAAGACUAAAGUGUUGGCUACGAAUUCUGUUCCAGUUUUGCAUGAUGCUGAUUUGAUUUACAUGUUGAAAGGAGGAGAAUUUGUGGAAAGAGGAAACUUCGAGGAUGUUAUGGAAAGAGGAUCCGAUUUAGCAACUUUGAUCACUGAAUUUGGACGUAAAGAUAAUGAAAAGGAAGAAACCGAAAAAGAAAUAAAGGAAGAUGAAGCCAAGCAGAAAGAAGAAGAAGCUAAAAUAGUUACACCAACUCCAUAUAUGGAUGUUGUUGAUGAGGCUAUUGUUGAAUUUACAGGCGAUGAAGUGGCUCUUCAAAGGGUUAUAUCCAAUGAAACCAUCGGUAGAGCUUCUCUUACUUCCUACUCUCACGUACAUGUUGAAGAAGAAGAUUCAGGUAAGAAGAAGACAGGAAACAACGAUGAAGAAAGUGAAAAGGGUAAAGUUAAGCUUGCGAUCUUCAUUGAAUAUUUCAGAGCUUGUAACUUUGGUUGGGUUUCUGUAUACUUGAUUUGUACUUUAAUCAUGAUGAUUAUUACCGUGGGCGAAAAGGCAUUAUUGACUCAAUGGUCUGAAGAGAAUGCUGUUGCAGGUGAAACUGUUAGAACCAAGUACUUCUUGACAUUUUACUUAGCCCUUGGUGUUAUUGGUGGUAUCCUUAACUUAUUGGCUGCCUUUGUCUUGUGGUCCUUAUGUAUUAUCCGUGGUGCUAAAUAUUUCCAUGAAACAAUGGCUAAGUCUAUAUUAAGGUCUCCAAUGAGAUUUUUCGAAACGACACCAGUAGGUAGAAUUUUAAAUCGUUUUACAGACGAUAUUGGAACUAUUGAUAUGCAAUUACCUUGGAUUUUCAUGAAUUUCCUUACCUUCUUAUUGAAUGGAGUUGUUACAUUCACUGUUAUUUGCUAUAAUUUACCAGUUAUGACAAUAAUACUUGGCUUCUUGUUAAUUAUUUACAACCAAAUUAGAAAAUAUUUCAUUCCUUGCUCAAGAGAGUUAAAGAGACUUCAAAGCAAGUCCAAGUCUCCACAAUUUGCUCAUAUUCAAGAAUCCAUCAAUGGAAUUGACACUGUAAAGGCUUAUAAUCAAGCUGACAGAUUUAUUUUCAAGAAUAAGCAGAAUAUCGACAAGGUUAUCACUAUUGGCUACUUAAGUCAAGCAUGUAACAGAUGGCUCUCAAUUAGAUUGCAAACAAUAUCGUCUAUCCUUAUCUAUGCAUCUUCCUUAUUGUCUUUAUUGUCGAUUGGUGGUCCAAAUGAAAUCAAUUCAUCUUUAUUGGGAUUCAUCAUGGUUUAUGCAUUAUCAAUCACAUAUAUCUUGAAUGCAGUUGUCAGAAUGUGGGCUGAAGUAGAAACUCAAUCUGUUGCAGUGGAAAGAUUAGUCGAAUACUGUAACUUGCCAUCAGAGGCCCCAGAAAUCAUAGAAGAUAAUAGACCUCCUGUUGAUUGGCCAUCAAAGGGUGAAAUUAAGUUUGUCGAUUACUCGACCAGAUAUGCUGAGAAUUUGGAUAAUGUUUUGAAAAAUAUUAAUAUUGAAAUUAAGAGCAAUGAAAAGGUUGGAAUUGUUGGUAGAACUGGUGCCGGUAAAUCAUCUUUAACUUUGGCUUUAUUUAGAAUCAUUGAAAGUACUGGUGGUUAUAUCGAAAUAGAUGGAGUUGACACUUCAAAGAUUGGAUUAUCAGACUUGAGGCACCAAUUGAGUAUUAUUCCCCAGGAUGCACAUACUGUUGAAGGUUCUGUCAGGCAAAAUUUGGAUCCAUUCCAAGAAUAUGAUGACGAUAAAUUAUGGCAUGUCUUAGAAUUAGCUCAUUUAAAGGAGCAUGUUAAAACUAUGAAGACUGAACCUACUGAGAAAGAAAAGAAAGAAAAUAAAACUAAUAAGGAUUUACCAACCAAGUAUGAAUUAGAUGCGACAAUCUUUGAAGGUGGUUCAAACUUAUCUGCUGGUCAAAAACAAUUAUUAUGUUUAGCUAGAGCAUUGUUGAAUCCUUCUAAAGUCCUUCUCUUAGACGAAGCUACCGCUGCAGUUGACGUUCAAACUGACAAAAUUAUUCAAGAAACUAUCAGAAAUUCAUUUAAAGAUAAGACAAUUCUCAUUAUUGCUCAUAGAUUAGAAACUAUUAUGGAUAGUGACAGAGUGUUGGUUUUGGAUCUCGGUCAAGUCAAAGAGUUCGAUAGCCCAGAAAAUUUGUUGAAGGAUAAAGAAGGUAUUUUCUAUCUGCUUUGCAAGGAAGGUGGCUAUCUUCCAGGUGAGAAAGCAGAUGAUUUGGAACCAUCUACUGAUUAA